AUGCCUGAGAGGAAGUUUUUUGUUGGUGGAAACUGGAAGAUGAAUGGGAGCAAGAAGGAAAUUGAUGAAAUCAUUGCAUUCCUUAAAGCCGGCCCUCUGGACGAACACACAGAGGUGGUUUGUGCCCCUCCAUCCAUAUACCUGGACUACACUCAUCAGCACCUCCCAGGCACCAUUGGACUGGCAGCCCAGAACUGCUACAAGGUGGCCAAAGGGGCCUUCACAGGAGAGAUCUCCCCAGCCAUGAUCAAGGAUGUCGGCGUCCACUGGGUCAUCCUCGGCCAUUCGGAGAGGAGACACAUCUUGGGAGAGUCGGAUCUGCUGGUGGCCGAGAAGGUGGAGCACUCGCUGGCCCAAGGCCUGGGCGUGAUCGCCUGCAUCGGGGAGACGCUGUCGGAGAGGGAGGCGGGGAAGACGUCCGAGGUCGUCUUCAGGCAGACCAAGGCGAUCGCAGACAAAGUGACUGCCAGCGGCUGGGAUCACGUCGUCCUCGCCUACGAGCCGGCCCAAGAGGUGCACGCCGAGCUGCGAAAAUGGAUGUCGGAGAACGUCUCGCCCGACGUGAGCGCCAAGAUCAGGAUCAUCUACGGAGGGUCCGUGACGGCCGGCAACUGCAAGGAGCUGGCCCGCGAGUCCGACAUCGACGGCUUCCUCGUCGGUGGAGCCUCGCUCAAGCCCGACUUCGUCCAGAUCGUCAACGCCCGAAAAUGA